ACGAUUUGUAAAAAAAUGGCCGAUGCAGAGGGGGAUGGUGGAGAGACCGUCAAUCGGUUCGCUCGGCAGGGAGCCCUGCGGCAGAAGAACGUGUGCGAGGUGAAGGAUCACAAAUUCACCGCCCGCUUCUUCAAACAGCCGACCUUUUGCAGCCACUGCACCGACUUCAUCUGGGGGUUCGGGAAGCAAGGAUUCCAGUGUCAAGUUUGCUGUUUUGUGGUUCACAAGAGGUGUCACGAGUUUGUUACCUUCUCCUGCCCCGGAGCAGAUAAAGGACCAGAUACUGAUGACCCAAGGAGCAAACACAAAUUUAAAAUCCACACGUAUGGAAGUCCAACAUUCUGUGACCACUGUGGCUCACUGCUGUACGGCCUCAUUCACCAAGGGAUGAAAUGUGACACCUGUGACCUAAACGUACACAAGAAAUGUGUGAUAAACGUGCCCAGUAUGUGUGGAACUGACCACACGGAGAGGAGGGGCCGAAUAUUCCUGAAAGUGGAAGUGGACAAUGACAACUUGCUCCAUGUUACAGUGCGAGAUGCAAAAAACCUAAUCCCCAUGGAUCCUAACGGUCUUUCGGAUCCCUACGUAAAGCUCAAACUCAUCCCUGACCCAAAAAGUGAAAGCAAACAGAAAACAAAAACCAUGCGCUCAACACUGAAUCCCAGCUGGAACGAAUCAUUCACGUUUAAACUGAAAAGCAGUGACAAGGAUCGGCGCCUCUCAGUGGAGAUCUGGGACUGGGAUCGCACCACGAGGAACGAUUUCAUGGGUGCUUUGUCCUUUGGUGUAUCAGAGCUCAUGAAAUCCUCAGCGGUUGGUUGGUUUAAGCUGCUGAGUCAGGAAGAAGGUGAAUACUACAACGUCCCCAUUAUUGAGGAUGACGGGGAUUCUGAGCUUCGUCAGAAAUUUGAGAAAGCCAAACUCGGUCCGGCUGGGAAGAAGGCGGUUGAGAAGAAACCAAGUUCGCCAACAAACAACUUGGACCACGUCAAUCUCUCGGACUUCAACUUCUUAAUGGUGUUGGGCAAAGGGAGCUUUGGAAAGGUCAUGCUGUCAGAGAGGAAGGGGACCAAUGAGCUAUACGCUAUCAAAAUCUUGAAGAAAGAUGUGGUCAUUCAGGACGAUGAUGUAGAAUGCACCAUGAUUGAAAAGAGAGUCCUUGCCCUGUUGGACAAGCCCCACUUCUUAACACAUCUACAUUCUUGUUUUCAAACUUCGGAUCGCCUGUAUUUUGUGAUGGAAUAUGUAAACGGUGGGGACCUGAUGUAUCACAUUCAGCAAGUCGGCAAGUUCAAGGAACCGCAGGCAGUGUUCUAUGCAGCUGAGAUCGCAGUGGGACUCUUCUUCCUGCAUAAGAAGGGGAUUAUUUAUAGAGACUUAAAGCUGGAUAACGUGAUGCUGGACGCCGAGGGACAUAUUAAAAUUGCAGAUUUUGGCAUGUGCAAGGAGGGCAUAUUCGACAACGCCACAACGCGGACUUUUUGCGGGACCCCGGACUACAUCGCACCAGAGAUUAUUGCUUAUCAGCCGUAUGGAAAAUCGGUGGAUUGGUGGGCGUAUGGAGUAUUACUUUAUGAAAUGCUAGCUGGACAGCCUCCAUUUGACGGUGAGGAUGAGGAUGAGCUUUUCCAGUCUAUAAUGGAGCACAAUGUAUCAUAUCCCAAAUCAAUGACAAAGGAGGCUGUCUUAAUCUGCAAGGGGCUAAUGACAAAACAUCCAGCAAAGCGUCUUGGCUGUGGAGCGGAGGGAGAGAGAGAUAUUCGAGAUCAUGCCUUCUUCCGGAGAAUUGAUUGGGAGAAACUGGAACAAAGAGAGAUACAGCCUCCAUUCAAGCCAAAAGUGAGCACUUCAAACAACACAGGUAUCUCUCAUUGCGGCCGAAGUGCUGAAAACUUUGACAAGUUCUUCACACGAGGACAACCAGUGUUAACGCCACCUGACCAGCUAGUUAUAGCUAACAUUGACCAGACCGAGUUUGAAGGAUUCUCAUUUGUAAACCGAGAAUUUGUCCACCCCAGUUUAACCAACGUUGUAUGAAACGCAGAAUGAAGAGGACAAGCAGCAACAGCAAAUAGGCCUUUGUUUAAAUUGUCUAGAAUAAAUCAGCAAUUAACUUUACAAGAUAAUAAUGUUCCAAAAAGUUAAGGAACAAGCACUUUUGAUUUUUAGAAAAAAAAUUAAUACACAUUAAAGAGAUUUAUUGACAAUUUUAACGUCCAGCUUUAAAUCAGUCUAAUAUAAUUGUGAAUUAUUCUGAUAACUAAAAGACAAGAUGGUUUUAAAGAAGCAUUCUCCUCUGCUGGAUCUAAGUUUUUUUUUAAAUGCUGAGAUACAAAUUGCAAUAUACAAGUGGCCCUGGCCAAGGGACCAGCUCUUUCAUUUUGUCUUCCCAAUAAUCAAAGAUGGUCAGCUGUCUCAGUACCAAAAACAACUGUUUCUCCAAAAUAUGUUGUGGAUGAACUGUGUUUGAGGAAAUCCAAAUUUGUAUCUCAUGACAUUCUCUAUCUGUAACUUGCACUAAUGUAUCAAAUUGAUAUUUCCAUUUCGAAUGCGGAACAAGGAACCUGAAGGUAUUGCAGGGAAUUAGUUAAAAAGGGAAGCAGAGGAUUAAAACAAACGAUCAAAUUCUGUUGGUAUUUUAACAUGUACUAGAAAUCACUGUUCCAAGUAGCUACUGAGAGGAUGUAAUACAUUUUCUCCUGUGAAUCACAUUCAGUUUAAUAUGUUCCUGUUCAAAAAUACAGAAACUAAAUUUAGUGCACAGAACUAACAAUCAGUGCAGGAAUUGUUCUGCUACUUUUAUAUCAAACUGCAAAGAAUGCUGUGCUAUAAUUGUCUAGCUCAUACCUUGUUACAGUUUAUCAUAUAGGAUGAGUUUUUUUUAGGAAUAGCAGCAUUCAUCUUGCAGCAGAGCUUUGGCUUUGAUUUUGGUAGGACAUAUCUUCAAUGUAUUAUCGGAGCAACGACUUCAUACAACAGCGUUUGGCAAAACUGUCUUUCAUUGUAUUAAAACAUGCAAUGAAACCAUGUUAUUGCAUCUCUAAAAUAGCAUUCAAUUACCUGAGCAACAUUUUGAGAAAAACAGUGUGGCACAUCUCAUGACAGUCUCCCUUUAACAUGCUGAUUGAAAGUUUUCUCAAACUUUUAAAAGACCUAUUGCAGUUUUUAAUCUAAGGAACGGAUUUUUUUCUUCUGAAGGCAUUUGCUUAUACUGUUAGAAAGCAACCUUUCUAAGAAAAUAGAUUCAAAACCUAUUAAAGUACUUGUUGUAUUGUUUAGCUCCUGUACUUAUCACUACAAGUAAACAAAACUAUUUUGGUCAAACUUACUUUAUUUUUCUUAAGGUUGAACAGUAAAUGCUAAAUCUUAAAAAAAGCCACAUUUAAGUCCAUGUGCGCACCUUCAUUCAGUUUAUGAAAUGGGAGUCAGUUAGGAUCGUGUUUGCCUUGAUUUUGGAAACAGUAAUUUAGUAACUCACUAUUCUGCCUUUAAGAAAUGCAUGUCGGAAUACAAUAUAGCAUGUUGUUGAUAGGUGCUGUAUGCAACAACAUUAUGAAAGCACGUAUGUUUGGCUUUUGGUCUAAACAGUGUUUGCUAUAUCCAAGUUGAAAGUGCACCUUUUUAAAAAAAAAACACAAACUACAAUUGAAAAUAGCAAGUUCUUUUUAAGUCGCAUCAUUCUUCAGUGCUUGAUGUUCUGGUUGAUAGUCACACUCAUUUCUACUUUUGUCAUAUUGCAUAAUUCAAAGUGACAUGCCUGAAUCUGCCAAUUUAUUGAAGAUAUAGAAAGUGUAUGUACACACCCAUACCCUGGUACCUGAAACAUCAAUAUUUAAAACAAGUAUUAAUUGAUGCUGAAUGCAAAAAUUUUAAGUGAAUGAGAAAGGUGAAUAAAAUAUAUAAAACACAUAUUAAACACUGCUACGUGAUAUCUUUCACAAUUUACAAUAAGUUUUUGGACCAAACAUUUUACUAAUUGUGUUUACUUAGUCAGCUUGAGUACAAAUAUUUACUGAAUGGAAGGUGCUAGGAGGGGGAAAUGCUUGUAAAUUAAAUGCUAAUAUCGAUGUAUAAUAUAUAUUCUCUUAAAAUUGAAGAAAAGGUUCAAUGUUGAUCAAGUGUCUGAUCUUCAAAUAUCUCAAAAUUAUUUCAAAAGGCAGCCCUCUCAAAACAUUAAGGAAUUAACUUUGACAUUAAUCUGAUUUUUUUGUUUGUUUUUGAAUGAAAUUAAGAAGAUAGAAUUGAAGGAAUGACUUGGAGAAACUUUUAAGUCCCUUGGUUUAUGAGACCUGGAGUAUAAUGGUAAUGUGUCACAUUAAAUCUUCUCCCUUAGAUUGCCAGAACCAGUGAGCACCCCAUUUCUGCAUCUCUUAUUAAAUGUUAUCCAGUUAUUGUAAUUCAAACUAUUGUUUCUCCAAACCAGUAAAAUGGAUAGCCAAGUAAAAAUAGUUAUUCACCUUCUUUGAAAAAGGGCUAAACAUUGAAAGGAAUAUUGAUAAUGAGACUGCCUCUUUAAGUAUGUUUUGAAGCUGUUAAAAAGAACGCUUGCAUCACUGUACAGAACAUUAUGCAGGUUAUGUUGUCUAAAAUUAUAUGUACUGCUGAAUAAGAUAUGUUUCCAGGUAAUUUGUUACCCCAUACUCCAAAUAAAGCUUCAGCCACUUAAGUCCCUGCUUUCAGUUGCUUUACACCAAAUUGCCACACACUUUUUUAAGAGUUCUUUAAACAAAAGCUUUUACAUUAACUUAUAGAUUAUAUAUUUGAUCAACAUGAGUUUUAAGGUGACAAUUCAAUCACAUGGCUUUGUAUGUUUUCAUAAACUGCUCGAGCUUAACUCUCUCAGUUUAUAUUCAACUGGCUUCUCUGGUUAAACUACUAAUUCUCCUGACACAGUCAAUUGUACACUAUUGACUGGCUGCAGAUUUCAUAUCAUUGCCUUAUUAGCAUCACUACAAGUCAAACUAAAACGUGACUCUAGUUGAGUAUGUAGAUUCGCAGAAUACAGCAAUGACAUCAUUACCCUCCAACAAGUAAAUAUAGUCCUGCAUUUCAGACAGACCACUUAAAAUGGGAGGUACAAAUGACCUGGUCAACUGUUUUACUGACAGGGAGAGAAAAAUCAAUCUCUCUGAGUUAUUUGGGAUGCCCAAAAGUUUGCAUUGUAUGUAAAUUAGAGCAAUCACUAACAUCUUGAAGUGACGGGUUUUCUGAUUGGAAGGUUUUACGCGACAUUUCAUAGAAUUUAUUAUGGGAACAUAUGUCUACAGAAAAGCCUGCCAUGUUUCCUCUCUUCACAUUAUAUUGGUGAAUAAACAUCCACAUAUGUCGAAUUCACUUUUUUGUUAAAAGGUAUGAACGUUCCAAACAGCACUGGUAUCAGGAUUCUUCAACAUUGACACAUUUCAUAAAAGCCUUCAGACCUAGUAACAUUGCAGAAAACUACGUGAGGCUCAGCAGGAGUUUUUGAGGGAGUUUCCUGCUAGAAUUGCACAGUGGCUGUCAUGACAGAGGGAGUCAUUCUGACUGCAAAAACGCGAUAUGUUCUGCAGGGUAAGCUAUUUCAUCAUCGUUUUAAAUCCAAAAAUAAUCAGUAGUUCAAUUCACUUUAACUGAAGUUUCUCAUUGUUUACAGAGCGAGUAAAAUUACAAGAAAAUCACUUGAGAAACCCAAUAUGUUCAUAUAAACCAAAAACAAAAAUCACAGUUUCUCAUCACGAAGGUGUUAUUUCAAAUUUCUGAUUUGCAAUGGCAAAAGUCAUCCCCCCAUCAUUUAUCAUAAGCAGUCAUAUUAUUCUCUUUAGCACUGAAUUCUAAUUAGGAACUGCAGCGAGCCUGAAAGGAAAUGAGAACACAGGACUCAAUAUUCACUUAGAAAUUGGUAGAUUAUGGUACAUUAUCAAAAUGCAAUGUUUUACUUCAUCUAUUAAAUAUUAAAAGACUUGCUUUCCUCAAAUUGUUUUGCAUGGUAUUGUUUGUUAUAUGUUCAUUGUAGUUUGACAAUGUGUAAAAAAUAAACAAAG